AUGAGUGGAGCAGGGAAGGUAGUGUGUGUGACUGGUGCGUCCGGUUAUAUAGCUUCAUGGCUUGUGAAGCUCUUGCUUCAACGUGGGUACACAGUCAAAGCCACUGUCAGGGAUACAAGAGCUCAAACAUUUCCCAAUUCAUUCUAUAGAUUUGUUGAUAUUAGAGUUGUUGCAAAUGCACAUAUUCAAGCACUUGAAAUUCCUUCAGCCACAGGCAGAUAUUGUUUAGAUGAAACCGUUAUACACUGUUCUGAGGUUAUGAAGCUUUUGCAUAAACUGUACCCCACUUUGUGCCAUCCAGAAAUAUGUGAUGACAAGCCUUCCAUAGCAGGAUACCAGGUAUCCAAGGAGAAAGAAAAAAGUUUGGGUAUCAACUUCAUUCCUUUGGAGGUGACCCUUAAGGACACUGUUGAAUGCUUGAAGCAGAAGGGCUUCCUCAGUUUCUGA